AUGUCAACAUACAAACUUUAUUAUUUUACUAGUCGUGGUCGUGCUGAAGUAUCUCGUUUAAUAUUUGCUGCAGCUAGCCAAAAAUAUGAAGAUAUUCGUUACGAAAUUGAUGAAUGGCCAUCACAUAAAGCUGAAAUGCCAUUAGGUCAAAUGCCUGUUCUUGAAUUUAAUGGUACAAAAUUACCACAAUCAAAAUCUAUUGCUCGUUUUCUUGCUAAACAAUUUCAAUUAGCUGGUAGAGAUAAUUUUGAACAAGCCAAAGUUGAUGCUGUUGGUGAUACAAUCGAAGAUUUACUAACAAAAUUAACACCAGUUUUCUACGAACAAGAUGAAAGUAAAAAAGAAGAACUUCGUAAAAAAUAUUUUGGUGAAGAACUUCCUAAACAUUUACAAAAUCUCGAUGUUUUACUUAAAGAUUUUGGUAAUGGUGGUCCAUUCUUUGUUGGUAAUCAUUUAACAUGGGCAGAUUUACUUUUUUAUGACUUAUUUGAAACCAUUCUUGCAAUGAAUGAAAAUUGUUUAGAGAAUUAUCCACGAUUAAAACAAAAUCGAGAAGAAGUUGAAAAACAACCAAAAAUUGCAGAAUAUCUUAAGAAUCGACCUAAAACACAAUUUUAA